GGAUGGAUCAUAGCUAGCUAGCUCGGAACACUAGGAAGAGGUCACUUGCUGAUCAAGGAGGCAGCUAGCUAGCCAUGGAAGUCGCCUUCUCCUCCGUUACUCUCCUCCUCUCUUUCUUGGUUGCCAUCUUCUUCUUCUUCAUCUUACGCUUGAGGAGGAAGGGAGUCGACGAUGACGCCCCUCUCCCGACGGGGCCGCGUGCGUAUCCCCUGAUCGGAAACUUGCACCUCGUCGCCCGGGGCGUGCCGCACCAAACUCUGGCUGAGUUGGUGCGUGAGCACGCGAAGGGGCCGCUCAUGCGCCUGCGGCUCGGGCAGGUGGACUGUUUCGUGGCGGCCAACCGAGAGGCUGCGCAGGAGAUCGCUAAGCACCAGGACUUGAACUUCGCCUACCGACCCAAGAUGACCUUCGGCCAGUUCUUCGCCUACGGCAACCGCAAUGUCGCCCUCUCCCCCUACGGCGACUACUGGAAACAGAUGAGGAAGAUCUACGCCAUGGAGAUGAUGAGCCCCUCCCGCGUGAAGUCCUUCUUCUCCAUUAGGGAGGUGGAGUACCGCACCCUGGUGAGGGACAUUUCUGUCGCCGGGGCGUCGGGCCAGGCUCCCGUCAACGUCAGUUCUAUGUUGAUAUCCACAGGCAGCACCAUCGUCGUCAAGUGCGCGUUCGGGAACAAGGGCGAGAAACUCCAGCGCCAGUUCUUGAGCUUGGUGAAGGAGACGCUGAGCUUGAUCACCAGCUUUGCGGUGGCCGACAUGUUCCCUUCGAUAAGAUUCAUGGAUUCUCUCACCGGUUUGACGUACAGGUUGGGUCGGGUUCACCAGAAGCUCGACCGGAUGUUUAAUGAAAUAAUUGCGUUGCAUGAGGCGGACGUGGAAGACGAGAAGAAGGACCUCAUCGAUGUGCUCCUCCAGCUCAGAGACCAAGGAGAGGACAUCACACUCGAAAGCAUCAAGGCUGUAAUCCUGGAAGUAUUCCUCGCAGGGAGCGAGACAACAUCGACGACCAUCGAAUGGGCGAUGUCAGAAAUGAUUAGGAAACCCGAGACGUUAGAGAGAGCUCAGGAGGAAGUGAGGCGAGUUAUCAGCGGAAGGACAAAGAUCACCGAGAGAGAUCUGGAGAAGCUCACGUACUUGAAGAUGGUGAUCAAAGAGACGCUGAGGCUACACCCACCGGCACCCUUAUUGCUUCGCGAGUGUAAGGAAACUUGCCUGGUGCUUGGAUACAAAGUGCCUGCCGGAACUCGAGUGCUCAUCAACGGAUAUGGGUUGGGCCGCGACGAGCGGUACUGGGUCGACGCCUUGGAUUUCAGGCCGGAGAGGUUCGCCGACGGCUCUUUGGACUACAAGGGCAAUAACUUUGAAUAUUUGCCAUUUGGCUCAGGCCGAAGGAUCUGCCCUGGCAUGAACUUCGGGAACGCAUCUAUCGAGGUAGCCCUCGCUCAUCUCCUCAACUACUUCGAUUGGAAGCUUCCUAAAGGAAUGAAGGCGGAAGAUGUGGACAUGAGAGAGAUUGCCGGCAUUGCUACUCUAAGGCACUCACCUCUCUUCAUGCUUGCUACCCCUGCAGUUCCUCUUCCUUAAGCUUCACCUACGUACCUAACUCUAUAAUCUACAUAUAAAGCACUUGAGUUAUUAUAUGUGUGAUUCAGUUAUGUUGAAUGAUUUAAGUAGUUGUCAAACCGAAUGGGUUGUAUAUGAGACCCAUUUAUUUUAUGUUAUAUGCGAUAUACGGAUGAAUAAGAGAAAUCAUAUCCCGAUGUGUUUAUGAAAAAACCUUGUUUCAUUCUAAAUGUUAAGGGAACUCAAUUUUAAAUAAGAGAAUGAACUAUCU